AUGGCAGCAGUUGCUGCUGCGCUGCUGCAGCCGCUGCAGCAGCAAGUGGUCGGGGCAAUUUUGAAGGCCCUUAAAGAUCGAAUUGGAUAUUUCCUUGUCGCGGUAGACACACAGGCUAAAAUGGAGGGUUUGUUGGACCGCUUGCACUUGGAAAACGUCGAAGUGGAUGCUGCGCACUUGACAGAGGAGUUCCGCAGACACCAGAUCCCCUUAGAAGUAACAGGGGGAGGAAUUGCCUUAGUUGAUGCUCGUCUUUAUUUAACGCAUGCACGCCUUGACAUCAUUGCUGAGAGAUGCGAGCUUAAGUUGGCCCCUAAGGACUUCGCUGCUGCUACUGAAGCGAACCUUGUUCAAGCGGCAGAACGACAGCUUAAGGAGGUGGACGCACACAUCCGUCAGUUUUAUGUCUUACAGAAGCAGCAAGACCUUCAUUUACGUCUGCAGCGCCUCGGGCGAAUAUUAAAGGAAGACCUUAAGGAUGAAGGAGCAAGGAGGGAGUUUGCUGCUGAGAGUAGAGAAGUGCUGCAGCAGCAACAAGCGGCGGCGGCAGCAGAAGAAACCCCCAUGCACUCCGUGCUUGAGUGGCUCUUGCGGUACUUACCGAAUGUUAACAUAAGGCUUGAAGACGUUAAGAUUUAUUUAGAUGAUUCUUCUGGUUUCUUUGGUCUCCCUGCACGGGCAGUCCUGGGCAUCAAGCGGAUAAUCUUCAAGCCAUCAGCAUCAAAGGCGCCAUGGGGGUUUACAUGGAGUGGCGCUUCUUCCCUCUCUUUAGGCCCUCAGCUAUCUGAGCCGGAGGUUAAUGAGGCAUUAGCUGUUGAUAUAUCUAUUAGGGAGCUGAGGCUCUCCCUCUGCAGCAGCAGCAGCAGCAGCAGCGGCAGGAGGAGGGGGAGCAGCAGCGAGAGCGAAGCGAAAUGGGUUGACGUGCUGCGCACAGAGGAGCUGCAGCUGCAUCUAUUUGUGGAGCGGGAGUCAAACAGCAGUAGCAACAGCAGCAACAGCAACAGCAGCAGCAGCAACAGCAGCAGCAGCAGCAGCAGCAGCAGCAAUGAACAAAGAGGUCCUCUUAGAUGGCGUGCCUCCUUAAAUAUAUUAGGAGAAGAAGAAAUAAAAAUAACUUUUGAUUGUUUUUCUUUUUUUUAUUUCUUUUGUCUUUUCUCUCAUCUUCGUCGUAUACAAGAUCUUAAACUCCUCAGUGCAUAUAGACCAGCUGGGAGACCUACCAAACACCCAAGAGAAUGGUGGUUAUAUGCUAAGAUGUACUUAAGGUUAUUACAAAGAAGAAGAGGAGAAGACAACUUCUUAAAACAGACAGAAGAGAGAAUGACACACAUGAAAAGGUUCAUUCGGCUCAUGAAAGUGCUGCUCUUGCAGCAUCGAGAGCAGCAGCAGCAGCAGCCGCAGCAGCAGCAGCAACAGCAGCAGCAGCAAACUUUGCAUGGAAAUGGAUAUACAAUUCCUCCGCUGGCAGAGUUGUUGCAGCCUGUGAUAUCUCGCUUCACCAAGCGCCAGCAGCAACAGCAGGAGCAGCAGCAACAGCAAGAUGCAGAUGACCUCUUUUUGCUGCUGCAGUUCGCCCGUCGUCCCUGUGAAGGCAUUGGUCUGUGGGUAUUAAUAGCAGCAAAAGAAAACGCAACAGCAAUAAGUAUGUUAGAGCAACGAGGAGACAAAGACUUAGAGCAGCAGCAGCAGCAAGUGCGUUCGCUGCGGCAGCUGCGGCAGAAGCAAGCUGUGCUGCUGCAGCAGCUGCAGCAGUUCACCUCUCCUACGGGCGCCCCAGUUGUUACGGGACUGCAGCAGGAGCAGCAGAUGCUGGUGCUACAGCAGCAGCAGCAGAUCCAGAUCGAGUUGCAGGCGAAUGAAGAGCAGCAGCUGCUGCUGCAGCAGAAGCUGCAGCAAAGGAUCAGUCCUGCUAUUCAUAAUAAAGUUGUUUCUUUCUUUUGUACUCCUGCCGCUUUCUGUGAUGAGGCUCGUGCUGCAGCAGUAUCCCUUGAGAGAGGCAGAAGAGAGUUGCAGCAGCAGCUGUUGCUGCUGCAGCGGGAUCCAAGCAGCAGCAGCAGCACGAGCAGUAUGCGGUUACUUGAAGUGUAUAAGCAGCAGCAGCGAGCUGCUGCAGCAGCAUGCAGAGGACUAGAGAGUCAUCGAGACACAUGGCGGCUGUCUAGACACCGCAUGCUGCUGUGGGCAGAGCUGCUGACACAAUAUGAAGCAGCAUUUCCUGCUGCUGCUGCUGCUGCGCUGCUUAAUGAGAGAGCUCUAUCCGAGCUGCUGCAGCAGCACAGGAGGAGGCAGCUAGAGGAGGCAUUUACUGAGGGGUUAUUAAAGCCUAGCAACGCCUUAGAGCCAGUCUUUACGAGGAAGGCAGCUCGCAUACCUGCUGCGGCUGCAGCUGCAGCAGCAGCAGCUGGAGGGGAAGCAGCAGCAGUGCCAGCGAGCGCUGAACCAGUAGUUGCUGCUGCUGCUGUUGCUGCAGCUGCUGCGGUAAAAACUCCACCAGAAGCAGUUCAAGCAGCAGCAGCAGCUGCUGCGGGGGCUGCAGCAGCGGCCGUAGGCACCAGCGGGAAACACCCUAAACAUCAGCAGCAGCAGCAAAAUCUGCUGACAGCAGCAGCAGCAGCAGCAGCAAAGAUACCUUUGCUUCUGCAGACAAUUGGUAAGACCUGCGAUCUUCCCUUACCUCGGUUCCUCCAUAGACAGAAGAUAGGUCUGCUGCUGCGUGCAGUGACGCUGCGGCUUGCCCCUCUAGUCACAGCAGACACCUGGCAACAGCAGCAGCAGCAACAACAACAACAGCAGGAGCAGCAGUGGCUGCUGUUUGAAGCCCUGGAUGCAGCAGCAGAAAUGCAAGCACUAAAUGGCGCAUCUCUUCUUUGCUGCCUCCGCUGCUUUGAGUUGCACCUCUGCAGCGGACUGCUGCAGCUGCAGCGAAUCAGCAGUAGCACCAGCAGCAGUAUCAGCAGCAGCAUCAGCAGCAGCGGCAGCAGAGGAAGUAGCAGCAGCAGAGGCAGCAACAGCAACUCGGGAUGGCAAUGCAAACUCGAGGAGAAGACACAAGUGCUGCUACUGCGAGUGGCACAAAACACUGCAGCAAAUGCCAGCAGCAGCAGCCGUCGCCGCAGCAGCAGCGUCUGCAGCACGAGUGAGAAUCCAGGACAGCAGCAGCAGCAGCAGCAACAUCAGCAUCAGCAGCAAUUGGCUGUACCUGUUGUUGUUACUCACGGGGGCAGCAGCAGCCAUUCUAAUGGGACGCCCCAGCACGAGCAUCGGCACAGCAGCAGCAGCUACAGCAGCAACAACAGCAGCAAUGACGGCAGCAACAACAGCUACGGGAGAAGACAGAGCAUCUGGCAGAAUGCACUGGAUGCCAUCGGUGUUGCUGCUACUGCAGCAGCAGCAGCAGCAGCAGGUGCUGCUGCUGAGGCGGAGGCAGCAGCAACACGUUCUCACAGGAGCUCCCUAACGGAAGAUCUUCCUAGCAGCAGUAGCAGCAGCAGCAGCGGCAGCGGCAGCAGAUUGGGAGCAGCAAAAGCUUCCUUCCAAGAAUCCGUGAGGGUAGGCAUGCUGCUGCAGCAGCAGCUGCAGCGGCGCUUCUCGUUCCUGUUUGUACGCUUAACAGCCUUGUCGCUGCUGCAGCAGCAGCAGCUACAGCAGCAGCAGCAGCACCCGCUGCUCCGCAUAGGAGUUCCGCUGUAUCUACAGGCAACAGCAAAACUGCAGCACAUAUGGGGUUGUCUAAAUACUACUGAGGUGCAGCUGCUGCAGCAACUGCUGCAGCAACUGCUGCUGACAGCAGCAGCUGCUGCUCUAGCUGGAGGAGGCGCAGCAGCAUGGCCCCACAGCAGCAGCAGCGACACUGUAGCCUUCUUCGCGAGCCUUCUUACCGCAUACAGGAGGCACAACAACGAGCUGCAGCUGCAGCAGCAGCAGCACGAACAGCAGCAACAGCAGCAGCACAACCUCACAUCCUAUUACAGGACCCCGCAUGCAGUGGAUUUGUCAUAUGUUACAGUGCAGAUCUCCUUGCAGCAACCGCAGCAGCAGCAGCAGCACAGCAGCAGCGGCAGCAACGGCAUAGAAAGUCAACACCAGCAUGCCAUCAUUUCGGUGAUACCUGAAGGCCAAGAAAGCAGCCACAGAGGUGCAGCAGCAGCACCAGUGCAGCCAGUACCACCAGGAGCACCAGCAGCAGCAGCAGCAGAUCAUGCAGGAGAGGAGAUCCUCAGUGUGGCUAUCAGGGAGCAAGAGUUUGGCUUGUCCCUCAGCAGCAGCAGCAGCAGCAGCAUCAGCACGAAGCAACCUGUAUUGAAUGUCUCCUUGGGAAGUGUGUGUACAGCUGCUUGCCAUUCACCAUCUAGUUUGCUGCAGCAGCUGCCGCUGCUGCUGCAGUCGCUGCAGCGCCAUUAUGAGCAACUAUACGCGCUGCUGCUGCUGAUUCUACCCCACACAUGGACAUCGGUGAGUCCCUCAGAGUUGCUGCCACUGCUGCAGCAGCAGCUGCACCAGCAACUGCAGCAGCAGCAGGAGGAGGGAGCGCAUGCAACAAUCAGCAGCAAAGAGGAAUCUGCUACCUGCUCUACGUCUUGGGCGCAUGCGGUGUACGGGGUAGUCACAGAUGCUGCACGACAGCAGCUCCUACUGCAGCAGCAGCUGAAGCAGCAACAGCAGGAACAACAGCAGCAACAACAACAGAAGCAGCAGCAGCAGCAGCAAGACACCAUGUCUCGUCGUAGUGACGACGAGCUCCCUCCUUCCCUUACAGGGAGACCUGCAAUGCGUGAUCCUGCUGCUGCUGCUGCUGCUGCUGCUGCUGCGCCGACUGGGGCGCCGCUGCCUCCACGGAGAGCAGCAGCAGAAGCAGCAGAAUCAAGGGCAGCAACAGCAGCAGCAGCAAAUGCAGCAGCUGCGGCAUUCGAGAAGAAGCCCCCGGAGAAAGCAGCAUCUGCUGCAGCUCAACCCUCCAACCCCCCGGCAGCAGCUGCUGCAGCAGCAGCAGGUGAUGCUGCUGCAGCGAAAGCAGCAGACGGAAGCAAUGGUACUGCAGCUCCCUCUGCUAGGCAUCCCACUACCGCAACACCUGCUGCAGCAAAGGAUACUGCUGCUGCACAUACUGCACCAGCUGCUGCUGCGCCUGCUGCUGCUGCUACUCGUAAGCCAGGAACAGAAGGACUAACUGAACCAGCAGCAGCAAGACGAUCAUCAGCAGCAGCAACAACAGCAGCAACAGAUGAACCCAUUGCUUUGCAACCAGCAGACACUCGAGCAGCAAAAUUGGGCGGUGUAUCUCAACGGCAGCCUGCUGCAGGACCAGCAGCAGCAGCCUCUGCAGCAGCAGCACAGCAGCAGGAGCAGCAACAGCAGAAGCAACAACUACCAACGACACAACACCAGCAGCCGCAGCAGCAACGACAACAGAAUAUCACACAGACGCCCCAGCAGAAACAACAGGCGCAGCAGGACCUGCAACAGAAGGAACAGCAGCAGCAACAACAACAACUGCAACAACAGCUGCAGCAGCAGCAGCAGCCGCCUUUGUUUGCACGUCGCGUAUCUGCCUUUUCCUCGCGUAGGACCUCAUUGACAGAGCCAGGGUCUGUUAAGGAAAAAGAGAGGAGACAGCAGCAGCAACAGGAUCUGCAACAGCAGCACCAGCAGGAGAACCUCAAGGAGCAGGAGCAUCAGCUGCUGCUGCAGCAGGAGCAGCAGCAAGCAGCAGAUGAGCUCGGGACUCUGGGCCUAAGACGUGUUAAAGGGACAGAUGCUUUUUGCCAUUUCUAUCAACACUAA